CUGAUUGCAAUUGUUUGUAUGCGGCGUCGCAUAAUAGUUUACGAAAUUUUUGGAAAAUUGUAAAUAAUGCGAAGAAAAUCAGUUAUUUUCCCUUAAAUUCAACACAAACAAACGGAAAAUGGAUAUAAUUUUGCCAUACAAUACGCAGGACAGAGAACACUUUUGUAAUUGUGCACUAAAAGUUGGAUUUCAUGAAUUCGUUGCGCUCAAAGUGCUAUAUACAAUGAAAGACUCCGACUUGGACGUUUUCCAAUUAAUGGGACGCGAACGGUUGGAUCUGGUGCUAUACGGUUGGGAGGUAUGUCAAGUGCAUUGGGAUGAAUUGAACAGUAAGGAAGGACUGCCACCAUACUUCUGCACUGUGCUGAAACAAAUAACCCAAUAUUCUUUGGAUAUAUGGUUCAGUAAAGAGUGGGAAGAGUGCAUAUCAAAGUUUAGAGGAAUGCUAUUGGUUUGCUUAAAGCGUGCCAAGGAUUUAUUGCUCAAAUUACCGGGUAACGAUAUAUUCAACUGGGAUUACACAUUGCAAUUGGGUGUGGAACCUUGGAAUAUUCCUUACCUAAAGGAAUUUCUCGAAUGCCGGGAAAAUUUUGCAGGAAGUUUAACACAAUCGAGUGAACAUGUAGAGCCGCCAGCUACUCCGCAAGAUAUUGAGCACCUGCAGAAAGAAGGUUUAGUUUUGCUUCUACUACGUUUAAUUAAGCUCUUUGACGCCGGCACUAUUGAAGGCGUACGUAGGUUAUCAAUGCGAAUUAUUGCUGCAUGGAAUCACGAGUAUGAACAAUGCAAACUACAAACGACUCUUUCUUAUCCAGAAGUCAAAAGCCAACACAAAAAGUGCUUAAUACUUAUUUGCCAUAUUUACCUAAUGGCCAUAUAUGAAAUGGAUGACAUACGCGGAUUUGUUAUUGAUAAUCUGUUAAAUAACAUACGUUUUUACUACCAAAAUAUGGUUGAUGCAACAAACGUCAGUAAAAGCUCAGAAGAGCAAAUCGAGUAUACGCCAGCCCGUUACAUUGCCAUUACUUGUAUUAACCUACAAAUAAGUAGCAAUGAGUUCUUUGACGCUUUCAUAUACGACUCAUACGAUGAAAAUUUUGUCAGUCUUUUCGGUGUUAUAUCCCAAUCGUACAUGAGUUAUCUACUUGGCAAUCUAUUAAUGGAAAUGAAUAAAUUGAAUGAAGACGAUUUCAAUAAAUACAUAGAGGAUUUCAAACGGAUCAUGCAUUUGUAUAUAAUUGAAAGAGAACGCAGUGAGGAAUUCAUGAUGCGCGAAAUAAAUAAAAAAGAAGUGAAACGACGUAGUCACAGUUUGUCGAGGACAAAAGAAAAUAUUACGAAUUUCUAUACAAAAAUGUGCAAAGGAAAUCGAUUGAGUAACAUUGGCAGUACAGAACAUACGGAAGGCGAUGAGAAAAUAAGUGCCAAAACAGAUGACGACAACGAGCGACGCGUUGAUCCAGUCUUUCAACAUUUGCCAAAUAAUGCGGAUGUGCUAAACUAUGUGUACACAGUGCUGGGAAAGCGGACCCACAAAGGUUGGUACUUCGCCAAGCUUAUAGUUUUACUUAAAAUUAUUGGCUUGCAACUGAAUGCCAUCGAAACUUGGCGCUAUCAUCCAGGCUUAACACCUGAAUUCUUAUUGAACCUCGAAGUAAAACUUUCCCGAAACUUCGAGGAUCUGGCGAUAAUUUUCCAGGAUCAUCUUUUUAUGGAACAAGAAUUUUGGUUGACCGGUUUUUAUCUGAAUCCCUGCAAAAAGUAUUACGAAACUGUAAUACGCAGUGGAAUGCGUUCGAAUCGACUGAGUCAUCGCUUUGAAACUGGCGAUUACUAUGAUGAUGAAGACCGAUAUGAAGGUCGCAGAGAUCGACGCGACAGAGGUGACAGAGGCGAAAGGGUCAAUGCCAUCAAUGCUAAGUAUGGGCUACUUAGCUCAACAAUUGAAGUGAAGGAAAUUGUUAAAAUGGCUAAUCACGAAGCCCCCGAUGUUGAUUAUGGCCAAUUAUAUAAGGCUUUGCGUUCAUUCAAAUUGCCAGAGAAUACCAUUAAAGAUUUGCUCACGGUAAUAUUCUUACCACGCAAUAAGGGGUUUGCAUGGUCACUUAAUUGGGUGGAGUUGCGGAAGCGUUGCAAAACUUUACUUAAAGAUGCCGAUCAAAAGCGGCACUUUAUUGAAUUGAAUAUGGCUGAAGCGAAUGAUCGACUAAGUUUUUUAAAGCCUGACUAUGAAAAGUACAAACAUCGGCCACAAUUAGAUUACGGCAGCAUUGAGCGGGGCUAUGAGAAUUCAAAUGCGCCAAAUUUCAGUAAGGACAGUAGUGAUGAGAAUGAUGACGAAGAUUCAGAAGAUUUUGAAGCCGAUUCAGACUUGGAUGAACCGGCUAAGCACGAGCCUAAGAAAAGCGAUCACUCGAAACUUUUUGAUUCAUACUUCAUGAGUACACGUCGCACACGUGCACGAGCUGCCGCUAUGAUUGCAAAUGUCAUGGAACAAGAUGAAUUUGCUUCGAAUGAGGUAAAGGAGGAGGACACCAAGAAAUCAAACGAGCCAACCGAAGAGGUAAAGAAAGAAGCUUGUGAUGAAAAUGAUGUUGCAGCAACAUCCACUGCCGCCGAAAGCGAAUCAAAGCGCGAUUUCAAAGAAACGCUAAAUGAACGUAAAGUUUUCGACAAUAGCACUAGUGGCUUUAAUCCGUUCCCGGAUAUUUGGAGUAUGAAUGGACAAGAAUUGAAAACAAUUGAAAAAAACGUACCUCAUUUAGAGACUGGUAACUUAUUUAAUAAGUCAUCCAAGUUAGAAAUGUUGAAAACGAAGAGCGUUGAGUUAGUCAAUGAGCAGAGAGUGAAGUAUGCCAUAUUGGAGGAGACACGGCUAAAGCGAGGCCUCGAGAUGGCCAAACAGACUGAAAUAAAAGUGGAAGCAGAUGAUACGCCGAAGGAUUCAGACUCCUCAGAAGCAAACAAAAUUAGAAAAGAGUCCACCACCGAUCUUGAAAUGCAUGACGACGAGAGCGACGUAUCAACAACUGCACGCCGAGACAGUGACGAAGUGAAUGAUUUAAGUAAGGACGAACAAAUGGAACUGGACGAAGAUCAACAACUCUCCGGCACAGAAAAACAAACAAACAAAAUCCCAGUAAAAGGAGAAGACGGUCCAACUAACGAUUUGCCUGAUUUGGUGCUUAUUAAAACUGAAGAAAGUUGCAAUGAAGAUGAAGGCGAGCACGCCCCAAAAGCGACUACAGAACAAGAGCUACUAUUUAAACUUUGCAAACAAAAGAAAUUACGUGUACGAGUGCGCAGAUUAACAGUCGCCGAUGUGCAGAAAUUGCGGCAGCCAAGCGUGCGCUUAGAGCGUAUGGAUUUGCCUGCAGUUACAGAUCGAGUGGGGAGACUACGGCGCUCCGAAAGAAAAGUGUACAUUGACUCAGAUGAUACGUCCAAUGGUUCUUUUAGUGGCGAAAAUACAUUAACAGAUUCGCUCAAGCGCAAUCUAUACACAUCUGAAUCCUCUACAGAAUCAGAUGAAUAUAAACAAAGACGGCGCGUAGGAAGACCGUCGCGUGGCAGGGGCGGUGUAGCGAUACGAACACAACGUGGUGGACAACUUAAAAGCUUAAAAGUGACGCCACGCAGUGCAAGUGGCUUGAAAUUCCGCAUCUCAACAAGUGAAGUAUCCAGCAGUGGUGGCAGCGGCAGAAUCGCUACUACUAGUGGUACUACUAGCGUUAAAACGAAUUGCUUGCCAAUUAUUGAUUACAUACAAAUCUCAUCUUCAUCAUCGUCCGAUGAGCUGGAGCGUUUUAGUCAAAUAGGGGUGGUGAGAGAGGAGGAGGAAAUGGAUGUGACGGUCGAUCCAUUGUAUGAAGAGGAAAUACCCAUCUAUAGAAUUUAGUUAAAACACAUGAAGCUAGAGUUUAGUCAAUAAGUAUUAUUUAUGGAAGUAAGAGGUAUGUCUCAUAAUCAGUUUUUAAUAUUUACGAGAUAUUUAAUAAGCGACUUUGGUUUGGUUAAUUGGAAAUUAGAAGUAAAUAUAGAAUGGAAUGAAAA